AUGAAGCUCCCAGCUGCGUGUCGGCCGCCAUCUUGCCCCUGUCUCUGCCCGGCCCGGUGCCCGAGCACUGAUGGAUUGUGGGAGACAUGGGGGGGGUUGCCAUGGUGGAACAGCUGUUUCCUCGCUCUGGCGACAGGGGCACUUCAGAUCAGGAUCAGAUGUGGUUGUGUCCGGAGAGAAUUGAAGGGAGUUCAGUUCACACACUUCCUCCUCGCAGCUGAUGUCCCUCCUUUCCUCAUGGGGGCAGCGAUGUUCACUAUGAACUCUGAGAUCACAGGGACAUCUGUGGGGAGACAGGAGGAGACAGCUGCAGAGGCUCCACAUCCACUGAGCUCGCCACCCAAACUUUACCUGACACACCAUCAUGGCCUACUUAUUACUCCACCCCCACCUCAAAAAACUGCAGACCCCCCCAUCGCCACCAUCCACCCAUUUGAGCGGAUUAGGAGCGUGGCUGUCAAGUGUCUGCGCUGGUGUGGUUCUAUUGUUUUAGCGGCGGUGGGUUUGGGGAUGGGGGGUGGGCAGCAGGAGGGUCUGCAGAGAUGA